AUGCUCCGCCAGUCGCUUCUUUCUCUGGCGAAGGUUUACGGGGCGGUGCCCCCUUUAGGUGCGGCGCAAGGGCAUCGUCUUCUGCAUGGGAAGCGAGAGCGAGAAGGGAGCCUCUUCGCUGUUGCCAACGAUGUCAAACGGGAUGAGAGAUUGCUCCGCCAGCAGUUGAACGCGCUGCUGGAGGAGGAGCGAAUGCCAAUGCAGGCGCGACUGCAACGCAGUGAGGCAGUCAGUUCCCAUGAAGCUGUACCACAAACCCCACUCGUUGAUUUACCGGGAGUAGAGCGCCGGCGCGACCUCCCUGCUGAUCCUAUCACGAGGCUUUUCUUUCAGCAUAAGGGGGACCAUGCGUUAUACUACGGGACGUACGACAAACCGAGUGUCCAGGAUGACGACCGAGUCCAGAUAGAAAAGCGCGUGCCGCGCAGGCGGGAGGAGAACUUGUAUACUCCAAUAUAUGACUUCUGUCAUCGGAUUCGGGAGGCAACGGAGCAACGGAAGCGGUUCGUUGUCGUACCUUCCACCAUUGAAACACGAGGAUGCGCGCGGGUAAUGCACGACCACGGUCUCGUGGCUGGGUUUCGUGACUUUCAUAACGACCGUGCCUUCGCGGUGGAAUUGAAAUACUUUCAGGGGGACUCUACAAUCAAUGUCAUUGAACCUUGUUCGUAUGACGGAAGAACAGAGUUCGAAUGGAGUCCAAAGAUGAUGCGGCGGCUGCUCAAUACGCAUGGGAUACACAACCGCCUUGUCGUAUAUAUCUGCAGGACGGCAGACAAUCGAAUUAUUGACCACAUUCACGCCGUAAAGGAAAACAUUGGGGGACGUGGGUUGAUGAUGGUACACUAG